AUGCCAAAAGUCUCAUCGAGUCAGGUCUCGCGAAACCUUUUCAAACUCGUGGGCGACUCAGACACCCUACUGAUUCUAUCACCAAAAUAUGCAAAUGAAAUCCGGAAUCACCCUUUCCUUAGCUUCACCAAGGCAUUGAUCACUGAGACUCACCCUUAUAUUAAGGGAUUUGAGCCAAUGUUGCAGAUCACUCUACCCUCCGAAAUAUUUCAAGUGGCAACUCGGACGAAGAUGACACGGGCUUUAGGAAGUCUUACGAAACCACUUUCCAGUGAAACCACCGCUGCCCUUCAAGAUAUCUGGACAGAAGGCACAGGUAUAAAACAUACCCUUCCCCCUCCCAUCAAGUAUAUAAAACCUAACCCAAAAAAAGACUGGCAUACAACUACCCUAACACCAGACAUCCGAAAGAUAAUAUCCCAAAUCGCCUCCAAGAUUUUCCUCGGCAACGAAUUAAGCCGAAACAAACUCUGGCUCCAAGUAACAGCAGACUACACCGCAAACCUAAUGAAAGCAACCGAAGCCCUACGCCGAUGGCCACAAACUCUCCGGCCCUUGAUAUCCCUCUUCCUCCCAAUAACACGUCAACUCCGCAAUAAUCUAACCCAAGCCCGCAAACUGGUUAUACCGGUCCUCGAAGAAAGACGUCGAAGUCAGGACGCUGCCGUACGCGAGGGGAGAGUACCGGACCGACAUGAUGAUGCUAUGCAGUGGAUUGAGGAAUGCGCUAAUGGCCGUCUUUAUGACCCCGCGGGCAUGCAGUUGGCGUUGAUAAUUGUUGCUAUUGUCGGAGCCACGGACCUGAUGACGCAGGUAGUAUUUAAUCUUUGUGAAAUGGGGGAUGUGGUGAGGGCGUUGAGGGAGGAGAUUGUUUCUGUGUUUCGGGUUGAGGGGAUGACGCGCGCUUCGUUGUAUAAGUUGCAGUUGAUGGAUAGCUUUUUGAAGGAGAGUCAGAGGAUGAAGCCUUUGGAACUUGACGACCUAGAUGGUCUGACGGCAAUAUCAGUUUCAAUGCGCCGUGUUGCUAGCGACGACGUGUACCUGAAAGACGGACACAAGAUCGACAGGGGGACUCGACUGGCUGUUUCCAACUGCUGGAUGUGGGAUCCGAAAUUCUACGAGGAUCCCGAGACAUUUGACGCUUAUCGAUUUGUGAAGCUGCGUCAGGUUUCAGGCCGCGAGGCCUCUGCGAAUCUUGCCUCGGUCUCGCCGGAGCAUAUGGCUUUUGGGUUGGGGAGCCAUGCAUGUACGGGUCGAUUUUUUGCUGUGAAUCAGAUGAAGAUUGUGCUGUGUCAUAUCCUUUUGAAGUAUGAGUUCAAACUCGCCGACGGGUCGGUUCCUCGGCCUAGGCGGUACGGGGUGAGGGCUCAGGCUGAUCCUGCUGCGAAGAUUUCACUGCGUCGGCGACGGGAGGAGAUAUUUCUGGGUGAUCUUGCCGAUUAA